CCAUCCCGGCCCAUCCCGGCUCUCCCCGGGCACGUCGCAGUUCCCAGCCCGGCCCGGCUGCAGCGGAGGCAGCAGGAUGACGCUGUGGGAUGGCUCCUACCCCUUCUACCCUGGAGCCACUGCCUGCUUCCCCUUUGACACCACCCGGGCUGUCAUUGUCACCACAUUCCUCUCCAUGCUGCUCACGUUCAUCAUCAUCCUGCCGGGGAUCCGGGGCAGGGGGCGACUCUUCUGGUUCCUGCGGCUGGUGUUGGGACUCUUCAUGGGAGCAGUGAUCCUCACUGUCCAGUUCACCAGGGACUGGGAGACUGGCUGGGUGCAGGCAAACACCUCCUACAAGUCCUUCAGCGCUGCCCAGGUGAACGCGGACAUCGGGCUGCACAUCGGCCUGGCAGGGGUGAACGUCACACUCAGGGGAAACCCAGUGAAGCAGAUCAACGAGACCAUCGACUACAACGAGCACUUUCCCUGGAACUUUGGAGCGGAUUAUGAGCACAGCUACAGCGAGGGGCUGGAGAAGGGGCUGCCCAGCCCCAUCCUCUACGUGGCAGAGAAGUUCAGCAGGCAGAGCCCCUGUGCCGUGCACAGGCAGUACCGCACCGCCGGCCACUACGUGUCCCUCACCCUGUGGCUGGCCUUUUGCACGUGGCUCAUUUCCAUCAUGCUCUUCUCCAUGUCCAUCCUGCUCUAUGGUGGCCACAUGCUUCUGGUCACGGCCACUCUGAUCCUCCUCUCACUGCUCUUCUUCUCCACCGCAAGAAACACCCUCAAGUGCCCCAUCCAGUUCGGCCCAGCUUCCUUGAGGACUGACUAUGGUGAAUCCUUUUGGCUGACAUUAGCAGCAGGAUACAGAGAUUAAAUCAGAACAAGAUGGGGAGAAAGAAAGCAACUGAAGGCCCAUGGAUAUGAACCAAAGGAGAAGUAGAGCCCACAACAGCCCCCUCACCCUGAGGACCCCCAAAAAGUCCUCUUGCCUUGGAUACUGUUCCCAUCAGCAGUCAGGAAGUGCAGAUGGAGCUGCUCCCCAGGGUGAAGAGCACCAUGACAAAUAGGAACACAGUUUAGUAGGAUGCUGGAGAUACCAGGAGGGAGGGAAGGAGAGGAGGAGGUGGGAAAGGAGGUACAGCAGUGCCUUGGAGAUCAGCUGUAACCAAUUAGGGAGAGGGGAGCAGCGCCUCCAGUCUGGGUUCCUCCUGCUCAGCUGUGGAAAUACACAUGUCAGGGGCAGGAGACAUUGAAAUUCUGCCCAAGGCAGCAGGACCCCUGCCCACACAGGCAGAGAGGGUGCACGCUUCAGCUCUGCCUCGUGGAGUGUUUCACAUUUUCUUUCUGUUUUGUGCUCACUUAUUUCCCUCUCUAUCUCAAUAAAAUAAGUUUGCC